AUGCAAUCACUUGGUAUGACAAAGCAUUAAUUAUUGAUACGAAGCAUGUUUUAUCUUUAUGUGGAAAAGGUAGAUUGAAUCAUAAUUUAAUUAAUAGGUCAUUGCUUAAGAUUAUUAAAUAAAUAUGAGGAUGCAAUCACUUGGUAUGACAAAGCAUUAAUUAUUGAUACGAAAAAUGUUGAUCCUUUAUGUGGAAAAGGUAGAUUGCAUCAUAAUUUAAUUAAUAGGUGAUAGCUUAAGAUAAUUGAGAAAAUAUGAUGAAUCUUUAAAAAUAUUAGAUUAAGCACUUACUAUUAAUCCACAACAUAGAUUUUCUCUUCAAUCUAAAGGUAUAUUAUAAUCAUAAUUUAUAGGUUUAUGGUUAGAAGAUCAAUAAAAUUAUAAAGAAGCUUUAAUUUAUUACGAGAAAUCAUUAAAGAUAGACCCUAAUGAUCAAUGGACAAUAAACAAAAAGAGUAUUUUUAACAUAUAAGAUUAGAAAUUUGUGAAAAUAAAUUGAAGCAAUGA